AUGUGUUCUGCUAGCUGUUCGCUCGCGCGGAAGAGUGUUGAAGUAAGGCUUGACCUUUCAGGAGCUGGAGGGCUCGACUGUGAUAUGGAAGAUGCCACUAAGGUCGUCGAAGCUUUGGCUGGCAAGUCAUUACCAGAGGUUAUGGAGGAGGGAAAGAAGAAGCUUUCUUCCGUACCAUCCGGUGGAGGAGCUGAAGCUAAGAAGGAGGAGCCAAAAGAAGAGUCAGAUGAAGAUAUGGGAUUCGGUCUUUUCGACUGA